AUGGUCGGAGCAAAGCGAAACACCCCAAAGCGAGCUGCGGCUGCGGCUGCGGCGGCGGGUCAUGGCCGCAUCACUUCGUUCUUCGGCAAGUCACCCGCAAGGACAGCAUCCCCAACCAAGGCGGCGGCUUCACCAUCAACCCCAACGGCAAAGAAGCAGAAGCAGGGGAACAGCAAGCAGAAGCCCAUCUUCCUGGGUUUUAGCGACGACGAGCCAGAGAGCGAGGACGAGAAGGAAAACCAAUCGAGCGCAGACGAGUUCAAGCCCGAACAGCAUGCUUCGACCGACGACGACGAUGACGAUGAUGACGACGACCCGAGUGCAAGCGUCGAUCGCUCGCAGUCGCCUUCAAGCAGCAUGCCAGAGACUCCCGCUGACGAGGACCCCGCCGUCGUCGGAUACCAAUACGGCACCAACCCUUUCGUCAUGAUCGGCGCCGAAAACAAGGCGCCCUUGCGACCCAUCUCCAACCUGCCCAGCUCAUCCUCCCAGCGCUCCCUCCGCUCCAACGGUCCACCAUCCGACAACAGGCGCCUCUUCUCGCUCUUCCAAAAGCCAAGCCCAAAGCAAAAGCGCACCGCAGACGAGCUCGACGAUCUAGACGCUUCCUUCCUAGACGAUGACGACGACGACGAAGAUGAAAAGCCUCGCAAGCGCACCGGCGCGGCUGCCAAACGCACUGGCGCAGCUGUGCCCUCCUUCUCCAGCGGUAAAGGAUGGAAGUCGACCUUUGCCCAAAAGCAACCCUUCCGCAAGAUGCCUUUUGUGCCUUCGCCCGCCGAAAUCGCACAGCUCCGCGAAACGAUGAAGGAAAAGGCGGCCGAGAACCUCUACCCGCCCAUCCACGACCUCGCAGACAUCUUUGGCGACAUGGUCAAACGCGCGCCCGCCAUCCUCCAACUCGCACAGACGCUCGACGGCAGGCCCCUCCGCGUCGCCACCAUGUGCAGCGGCACCGAAUCGCCCCUCCUCGCCCUCGAACUCAUGUGCCGCGCCAUCCACGAACAGCACGGCAUCCGCAUCAACGUACACCACGUCUUCUCCUGCGAGAUCGAGCCGUUCAAACAAGCGUACAUCGAACGCAACUUUUCCCCACCCAUCCUCUUUCGCGACGUCACCGAACUCGGCGGCGAAAAGGCGCACACCGCCUAUGGCGCGCUCGUAGACGUGCCCGGCGACGUCGACAUCCUCAUCGCAGGCACGUCCUGCGUCGACUACUCGCACCUCAACAACAGCAAAAAGGGACUGAACGAUGGAGGUGAGAGUGGACGCACCUUCCGCGGCAUGCUCGAGUGGGUCAUGCGCCACAAGCCUACGCUCGUCGUGCUCGAAAACGUCAAAAAUGCACCCUGGGUCGGCGUCGCAGAGACCAUCGUCGCCGAAGCAGGCUACGACGUCGGAUUCAGCAACACUUUCGAUACCAAAAACUACUACAUCCCGCACACGCGCCAGCGAGGAUACCUGCUGGCCACGCGCAACAAUCGCGACUCGCUGCCGCAGAACUGGGAUCUCAUCACCAAUGUCCUCAUGCGGCCCGCGUCCAGCCCGCUCGAUGCCUUUCUGCUCUCUACAGACGACCCGCGCAUCCAGCGCGUGCGUCGCCAAUUUGCCCACGGCGAGGGCCUGAGCAAGGGCAGGUCGACCAUCGACUGGUCCAAGUGCCAGAGCCGCCACGAGCGCGCGCGCGACGAGGAGGAGCUCGGCAAGACGCGCCCGCUCACCGCCUGGGAGGAGGGCGGUACGUGCAAGAUGUCGCACGACGGAUGGAACGAGUGGGCGGUGCGCCAGCCAGAGCGCGUCACCGACCUGCUCGACAUCACCACCCUCCGCUUCGCAGCCAUGGGCCAGGACCCCAUCUACAAGUCCAAGAUCUGGGAGCUCUCGCAGAACGUAGACCGAAACGUCGCAGCGUCCAGACCGGGCAUCGCGCCGUGCCUCACGCCGUCGGGCAUUCCGUUCCUCACCUCGCGCGGUGGCCCGCUCAUCGGCCUCGAGGCGCUCUCGCUCCAGGGUCUGCCGCUUGACGAGCUACUGCUGACCAGGGAGACGGAUGAUCAGCUCCAGGAUUUGGCCGGCAACGCUAUGAGCUCCACCGUAGUCGGCGCCUGCGUGCUCGCUGCGCUCCUCGUCGGCAUGAAGGAUCUCAAGGAGGACGGCGAGAAGCGCAAGGCCGCACUCACAAACAUCUCGGCCAAGGAGAAGCACGAGGACGAGCUCAAGGACGCCAGCGAGGUGGUGGAAAAGGUGGUAGACGAGCGCGAAUCCGCCAUCGCCCAUACGGACCUUUUGACGCCCCAGCCGCUCGAUCUCACGUCCAGCACCCUCGUAUCCAUGCCCGAGCUGCUCGGCGCCGCAGUCAACACCUCGCAGCUGUGCAACUGCGAGGGCAGGAGCCGCGUCGUCGACGUGCCCGUCUACCGAUGCACCGACUGCGACCACACCGCGUGCGAGACGUGCAAGGGCCGCCCCGUGCACAAGUUCGUCUUGGACACGCUGGUGCGUUCGUCGCCCGACGACUUUGCGCCCAUGCUCAAGGCGGCGCUGCCGAUGCGGCUCGAGGCGAGCGGCCUCACGCGCGAGAUCUGCUCGUCGCUCAUGCAGGGCCUGCAGUUCCAGGACGACGCGGUGGCCAAGCGCUGGUGCCAGCGGGUGGUGGACGUGCUCGAGACCGCCGAGUUCCGCUUCCAGUCGCUGCUGCGCCAGAAGGUGUGGCAGGCGCAGUUCUCGGCUCCGGGCGCGCGCCUCGAUCUCUUCCUCGACCCCGUAGAGCCGCAUUGGCGCAUCCUCGUCGAGCCGGACGUCGACGAGCCGGCGGGGAGUCCGCUGCGCAAGCUUCUCAUCCAGCCCGUGGCGCGUAUGCCGCUCGAUCCCACCGCCGAGCAGGUGGACCUCUUGCAUGGACAGUGGGAGAUGUGUGUGCCCUCGGCCCAUGUGGCAAAGGCGACCAUCCGCAGCACGGGUAAGCAGGUGCCCACGUGGCAGAGCGCCAUGGGUCUAGGCGGAAAAUUCGCAGACAAGCUGCGGUACUCCGAGAUGCACGUCAGCGUGCCGGAUAGCGUGCGCGGGCUGCUCGACGCUGGUAUCGACGGCGCGUACGACUUGCUCGAACAGUGCGGCACGGCCUGUG